UAUAGAGAGAGAGAGAGAGAGAGAGAGAGAGAGAGAUGUAGAGCAACGUUUAAUAUAAGGUUUGUUUUUUCCUUCUUGGAGGUAGACAAAUAUGGGGAGAGGGAAAGUGGAGCUAAAAAGAAUAGAGAAUUCAGCUAGUAGGCAAGUAACCUUCUCAAAGAGAAGAAAUGGGCUUCUAAAGAAAGCUUUCGAGCUUUCAAUUCUCUGCGAAGCUGAAGUUUCCCUCAUUAUUUUCUCUCCAACUGGAAAGUUUUACCAGUUUUCAAGUCAUGACAUGGAGAGGAGCGUUGCUCGGUACCGGAGUGAAGUCGGUCUGCCUGGAACAAAUGACCAACGCUCUAGAUCCAUGGAGUUUUGGAGAUGUGAGAUUGAAGAGUUAAGGAGAACUAUAAAUAAAACAGAAGCACAACUUAGGCACUUUACUGGGGAAGAUAUAGCAAAGCUGGGGUUGAAAGAGUUGAAGCAACUGGAGCGACAGUUAAAGACAGGAGUUGAACGUAUCCGCUCUAAGAAGAAACGAGCCAUCUCAGAGCACAUCAAAUUGUUGAAGAGCGAGCAAAGAGCCCUUCAAGAGGAGAAUGCUCGUCUUCAGAAAAGAUUGCAUGAGCUGCCCGAUGACAAUGUAAGCUCGAGGAUUCCGGAACCAAAUGCGUGUAAUGCUUUUCAUCAGCAAAGGUAAUUAAUCAAUUUUACUAAUUA